AUGUCCAACAUCCUAAAUGUACUAAGCCCUCCGCCUGGCAGAGACUUGUCCGACGAGGAAUGUAUCGGAUGUACGGCUGUGCAGCUGGCAGUCUGUUUUCUUGGAGGGGGGUAUUUUCUCUCUCUGUUGCCUUUCAAAGAUAAAAGCGGAUUGGUGGAUCUUCGAAAACACCCCGUGUGGUUUCAGCGUGGUGUGCGCGGAACAGGAAUCGGCCUUUUGGCCCUUGCUUGCUAUAGGCUUGGGGAGGUGGGCAAAAUAUACUAUAACCGGACUCACUAA